AUGGCAGCUCAAGAUUUCCCUAUGCUAUCAAAGGGGACAAGGGUGAAAGAGGAGGACCUGGCAUCCCUGGCUUGCCAGCUUGGAGAAUGUACUCCAUUCCCCAAGUGUCUGGAUAACCAGAUGGAAGCAGUGGAACCUCGGCAAGUGGUUCAGUACUCUCAGGAUUACCCCACAACCUCUCCCCAACAAGCCCAGUACCCGCUGCACCUGAUUGCUCUCAACUCACCCCAGCGUGGCGACAUGCAGGGUAUCAGAGGUAUAGAUCACAAGUGCUUGUUACAGGCUCAAGCCAUUGGGCUCAAAGGAACAUUCAGGGCUUUCCUGUCAUCCCGGUUACAGGAUCUAUACAGCAUUGUUCGACAGAAUGACAGGGAACUGUUACCCAUAGUCAAUCUUCAAGAUGAGGAAUUAUUCAGCAACUGGGAAUCCAUCUUUAGUGGCUCAGGGGGCAAGAUGAAUGAUAAUGUGCACAUCUAUUCAUUUGAUUGUCGAGAUGUUCUUGAUGAUGAUGCCUGGCCAGAGAAGAUGGUAUGGCAUGGAUCAAGCACUCGUGGAAGCAGGCAGACAGACGGCUACUGUGAAACAUGGCGAACAGGUAGUCAUGUCGUCACUGGCAUGGCUUCCUCACUCCAAGAAGGCUACCUAAUUCAGCAGUUGCCACGUGGCUGUACCAGCGCUUUUAUUGUACUGUGCAUUGAGAACAGCUAUAUUGCAGAGUGA